GAGAGGCCUCCUUUGAGUCUGGCCGGAGAUAAUACACAAGCCCUUCAAUCUCCUCAACCACCCAUCUCUUCUCCACUCCCAACUCAUACUUACUCUCUCUAAAAACCCUCUCUUUCUCUCUCUAGAGCCCCAUACCAAAAUCACCAUGGCAGUUUCAACAGCCACAGCUCCAUCAAAACUCAUAUCCCCAUACUCUCCCCCCUCUUCAGCUUCAUCAUCCCAGUCAAUUUCACUCUCAAAUCUCACUUUUCACUCAAAACCCACAAAGCUAACACUCUCUUCUUCCUUCAUCACCACUCCUUCCACCAUAUUCCUUCAAUCCCCCACCACCACCACCACCUCCACCGCCGUCCGCCACCGUCGCUCUCUCACCGUCCGAGCAGCAAGAGGCAAAUUCGAGCGGAAGAAGCCCCAUGUCAACAUCGGCACCAUCGGACACGUCGACCACGGCAAGACCACCCUCACUGCCGCCCUCACCAUGGCCCUAGCCUCCAUGGGGAACAGUGCCCCCAAGAAGUACGACGAGAUCGACGCCGCGCCGGAGGAACGCGCCCGUGGUAUCACCAUCAACACCGCCACCGUCGAGUACGAGACCGAGAACCGCCACUACGCCCACGUGGACUGCCCCGGACACGCAGAUUAUGUGAAGAACAUGAUCACUGGCGCCGCCCAGAUGGACGGAGCCAUCCUCGUCGUCUCCGGCGCGGACGGCCCCAUGCCCCAGACCAAAGAGCACAUCCUGUUGGCCAAACAGGUCGGAGUCCCCAACAUGGUCGUCUUCCUGAACAAACAGGACCAAGUAGAUGAUGAGGAAUUGCUUCAAUUGGUCGAAUUGGAGGUUCGUGAGCUCUUAUCUUCAUAUGAAUUUCCUGGUGAUGAUGUACCCAUUAUUUCUGGUUCUGCAUUGUUAGCAUUAGAAGCUUUGAUGGCAAACCCUCUCUUGAAAAGGGGUGAAAAUGAAUGGGUCGAUAAGAUUUAUGAAUUAAUGGAUUCUGUUGAUAGUUAUAUACCAAUUCCUCAACGCCAAACUGAGCUUCCAUUUCUCCUCGCCGUCGAGGAUGUGUUUUCGAUCACCGGUCGUGGCACGGUGGCCACGGGCCGUGUCGAGAGGGGUACUGUUAAGGUAGGAGAGACCAUUGAUAUUGUGGGUUUGAGAGACACACGAAACACUACUGUAACUGGGGUUGAGAUGUUUCAGAAAAUUCUGGAUGAGGCAAUGGCUGGGGAUAAUGUGGGUUUGUUGUUGAGAGGUAUUCAGAAGAUUGAUAUACAGAGAGGGAUGGUGUUGGCAAAGCCUGGAAGUAUCACACCACACACAAAGUUUGAAGCCAUUGUGUAUGUGUUGAAGAAGGAGGAGGGUGGAAGGCACUCCCCAUUUUUCGCGGGUUAUAGGCCGCAGUUUUACAUGAGGACUACUGAUGUGACUGGGAAGGUUACUUCUAUCAUGAAUGAUAAAGAUGAGGAGUCAAAGAUGGUUAUGCCCGGUGAUAGGGUCAAGAUGGUUGUUGAACUUAUAAUGCCGGUGGCUUGCGAGCAAGGGAUGAGGUUUGCCAUUAGAGAAGGGGGAAAGACUGUUGGUGCAGGUGUUAUCCAGUCCAUUAUUGAGUGAUAACAUGACUUGAUGCUCUUCACUUUUGGUUGGUUUGAUGGUUUCAUAUAUAUCCUUCACUUUAUGAAAUUGUUUUGCCCAUUUACCAGACAUCAUGAAUCCAAUGUCAUAUAUUUUGCGGUUUUGCUGUUACUUUUGCUGUGUGUUAAUGUCGUAGUUUAGUUGGACAAUAUUCUUGUGAUCAUUGUUUAUUCUGUUGUUGAACUAAUUAUAGUCUAGUUAUCAGAACUUUUACCAGACAUCAUGAAUCCAAUGUCAUAUAUUUUGCGGUUUUGCUGUUA